AUGGAGGAUGACAACUCCCAGAAGUCGAAGCAAAAGGGGAAGUUUAUGUUCAAGAAGAAGAACCCGCAGGGGUCUAGUGGCAGACCCGUCUGCAAAACCUGCAACAGGCGACAUGAGGGACAGUGUCGUCAGGAUCAGCAGGAUAGGUCGUGUGGCAUCUUUAAAAGGAAAGGGCAUAAGACCCUAGACUGCAAGGACUGUAAGGAUGUUCUUUGCUAUGACUGUAAUGAAAAGGGGCACAUCAAGACUAACUGCCCUAACAAUGCCAAAAAGCCUGGAGAGGCUAAAAAGACAAAUGCACGGGUCUUUCAAAUGAAUGCUAAGCAGACUGUAAAUGAAGAUAAUGUCAUAACAGUUACGUUCUUGAUCAAUGACGUCUAUGCUAGAUUUCUAUCUGAUUCUGGUGCAGAUAAAUCUUUUGUAGAUCUUAAGUUUAGCAAACUUUUAAACUUUCCCAUAAGAACUCUAGAUAUUACGUAUGAGGUAGAGCUUGCUAACGGAACAGUAGAAACCGCAUCUUCUAUUCUUGAUUGA